AUGGAACCGCAUGGAAAGCCCAACGGCAGCUACGCGGUUCUGGGGCGUCAGGAGGGGACCCGGGGUAGCGGAACCGGCUCAGCACUCCCAGGGAACCGCGCCUGCGCAGGAGGACGGGGUCGUUUCCAGGGCAACGCGCGCGCGCGGCCCGGGCCUUUCGGCGUGGCGGGAAGCGCGGGAGGAGCGCUGGCGACAGGCGGGGCCCCCGAGUCGGAGGGGCCCGGGCGGCCCGCGCCCCUGCAGGAUGAGAGCCUGGGCGUGGUAUCCGUGCCCUCGCUGUGGAGGGGCGCCCAGGGCACCCGCGGGGAGACGAAAAGCUGCCAGACUGCCAGUAUUGCCACAGCCGAGGCUGCAGCGCAGACCCGGAGGCAGGCAGAUGCGGCCGCGCAGACUGAGCCCCCCGCACCUCCCAGCAUGCCGACCGGGUCCCGGCACGAAGGCCCCCGGCUGGCCGCCUUCCUGCGCAGGGUGGAGCCUCUGAUGACCCGGGAGCUGAACCGCAACUGGCAGAGCCAUGCCUUUGACGGCUACGAGGUGAACUGGACCGAGCCGCACCAGACGGUUACCUGCCUGCAUACUCUAGGCUACCCCCCAGCCCAGGCCCAGAGUCUGCAUGUCACCAGUGUCUCCUGGAACAGCACCGGCUCCGUGGUGGCCUGUGCCUAUGGCCGGCUGGACGAUGGGGACUGGAGCACCCUGAAGUCUUUCGUGUGUGCCUGGAACCUGGACCGUCGUAGCCUGAAUCCCCGGCAGCCGUCCUCUGUGGUGGAGGUGCCCAGCGCUGUCAUGUGUCUGGCCUUUCACCCCACGCAGCCCGCCCACAUCGCAGGGGGCCUGUACAAUGGCGAGGUGCUGGUGUGGGACAUGAGUCGCCCAGAGGACCCGCUCUUGUGGCGCACAGGCCUGACGGAUGACACGCACACGGACCCUGUGUACCAGGUGCUCUGGCUUCCGGAGCCUCGGCACAGUCACCGAUUCCAGGUGCUGAGCGUGGCCACUGACGGCAAAGUGCUGCUGUGGCAGGCCGUGGCUCCAGGGCAGCUGCAGCUCUCGGCUGGCUUUGCACUGGUGGUACAGCAGCUGCCGCGCAACACCAAGCUCAAGAAGCCUCACCGCGGAGAGACCGAGGUGGGCGCCACGUCGGCGGCCUUCUCCAGCUUUGACCCCAGCCUCUUUGUGCUGGGCACAGAGGGCGGCUUCCCGCUCAAGUGCUCGCUGGCGGCCCAGGAGGCGGCGCUCACACGCCUACCCAGCUCCGUGCCCCUGCGCGCACCCGCCCAGUUCACCUUCUCGCCCCAUGGUGGCCCUGUCUACUCAGUGAGCUGCUCCCCGUUUCACAGGAAUCUCUUCCUGAGCGCGGGCACCGACGGCCACGUGCACCUCUACUCCAUGCUGCAGGCCCAGCCCCUGACCUCCCUCCAGCUGGCUCACAAGUACCUGUUUGCUGUGCGCUGGUCCCCUGUGCGGCCCCUGGUGUUUGUGGCCGCCUCCGGGGAAGGUGAGGUACAGUUGUUUGAUCUCCAGAAAAGCUCCCAGAAGCCCACUGUUUGCAUCAAGCAGACAUCAGAUGGAAGCCCAGUGUACUGUCUAGAAUUCAACCGUCAGCAGAUCCAGCUCCUGGCUGCGGGCGACGCUCAGGGCGCAGUGAAGGUCUGGAGGCUGAGCAGCGAGUUCACGGAGCAGGGGCCCCGGGAGACUGAGGAGCUGGACCAGCUGGCAGUGGAGGUGGCCACCUGAGGGCCCGGGGACUGGCUGAGCCUGUGUGUGUCUCAAAUGAAACCAUGACAAG